AUGGCAAUGGUGGCGUCCGCCGCACGUCCCCCCCGCCAUCGCCGUCUCCGAGAGGACACCGAUGCCUUCCGUCUUAUUCUUUGCCGAGGCCACCGACAACCCAUAUCUCGACUCUUUCUCCCCUCUGCCUCCCGCCGUAAUAUCGAAAAAGGUACCGAACAAAUCCUUGUCAUACCUAUAAUGAUUCACGCCCAAAGCGAGCACGCCUCAAGUGCCGCCACUGCUGCCAAUGGCUACCCCGCGAAACCCUACCUUUCCGAGUCACCUCCCCGCUCCCUUCACGAUGUUUGCCUCGAGCUCCGAGGAAAGGUCGAUGCUUUCCUAGCCGAAGAACCGAAGUCGAAUCUGUUACGGAAUGUUCAGGAUCAGCUGCGUGUGUCAAUGGGGGUUGUGGACGAGGCGUUAGGGAAAUACAGCUUGGAACAAAUCUCUCUUUCUUAUAAUGGAGGCAAAGACUGUCUCGUACUCCUAAUUAUGCUCCUGGCCUGCCUCGCGCGACGUUUUCCCUCGUCUUCCCAAGCCUCCAACACGAACGGCUCGAACGGUUCUAACGGUUCCGACAACGAUACAAACUUCCCCAAAGAGUUCCAAGCCGUCUACAUCGUAUCAAAGCACCCAUUUGCCGAGGUGGACGAUUUUGUUGCCUCGUCCAGCACGUUAUACCAUCUCGAUGUGAAGCGCUACGCAAUGUCCAUGAAGCAAGGGUUGGAAGCGUACCUAGGAGACCGACCGAGUGUGAAGGCGAUUUUCGUAGGGACGAGGAGGACAGACCCGCAUGGCGAAAAGUUGACUCACUUCGAUCCUACGGACUCUGGAUGGCCAGAAUUUAUGCGGGUGCAUCCAGUAAUUGAUUGGCACUAUGCCGAAAUUUGGGCCGUAAGUGUCCCCUCGAGCUUGUGGAAGGAGUAA